GGCCUUUCUCCCCCCAGGCCUGCUCUGCCACUCUGGCCCCUGCCCUUGGCCACCCAUGGUAUGGGUGGGAGGUGCCCUGCGCUCAGUGGGGCUGGGUCAGGCUGGGGUUCAGGGUCAGAGGGGGCAGUACCUGCAGAAGGCCACAAUGCCAAUCCCAGCAGCUGGAGCCCUGCUGGGUCCGUGGGGCUUGCCACCCCCAAGGCUCACUCUGCCUGGCAGUCGGCUCCCAGAGUAGAGAUCGGUGGCACAAGUCCUGCAGGGUGUUUAUUUUCCCCAGGCUCCUCCCCAGGACCAUCUCUCGCUCCCCCGGUCUGGACCGUCUCUGGUCGGAGCUGCGGGAGAACUGUCGGGCACACCAGGGCAGCAAGGGGCCCGCGUGCCCCACUAGCGGGAAGGACGCCAGACCGUGAGUCCAUCUUCUUCAACAGCCACAACGUGUCCAAGCCGGAGUCAUCAUCGGUCCUGACCGAGCUGGACAAGAUCGAGGGCGUGUUUGAGCGGCCGAGUGACGAGGUCAUCCGGGAGCUCUCCCGGGCACUGCGGCAGGCGCUUGGCGUGUCACUUUUUGGGAUUGAUAUCAUCAUCAACAACCAGACGGGACAGCACGCCGUCAUCGACAUCAAUGCCUUCCCAGGCUACGAGGGCGUGAGCGAGUUCUUCACAGACCUCCUGAACCAUAUCGCCACCGUCCUGCAGGGCCAGAGCGCAGCCACAGCAGCCGUGGGGGACGUGGCCCCACUGAGGCGCAGCAGGCUCCUGACGGAGCAGGCGGGCGGCCUGGCGGGUGAGCGGACGUGCAGCGCCAGCCCUGGCUGCAGCAGCAGCGUGAUGGGCCAAGACCCACCUUGGAUGGCGGAGGCCGACGCGGCUGGUGUGGGUGCAAGCAGCACCACCAAGCUGCCCCACCAGAGACUCGGCUGCACCACCGCCGUGUCACCCAGCUUCCAGCAGCACUGUGUGGCCUCGCUGGCCACCAAGGCCUCCUCCCAGUAGCCAUGGAGCCCAGGACCCAGAGGGCGGCGUGGGCCACGGAGCACACCCACUGGGCAAGCAGCACCCAAUGGUGACAUCCUACUAAGAAUUCCCAACAGUCUGGUCUUUUUUUUUUUUUUUUUAAUUUUUAACCUGAUUUUCUGAUGUCAUGAUCUAAAUGAGGGAUGGGGGGGAAGAUGGAAAAGAACCCCAGUGGUCCAGCCUCACGGCAAAGGGACAUCCUGCCUAAUUCCUGCUGUGCAGAUCUCUUCACUGAGUUUACACACGCUGUGUUUUCAACACUAGGUCUGAAUGUGAGGAGGGAUGUACGUGUGCGUGUGUGUGGUUGCUGUGUGUGUGUGUGUGUGUGUGUGUGUGUGUGUGUGUGCAAGUGUGUGUGCACAUCCAUGUCUGUUGGUCUUGAUGGCUGCUGUGGACCAGGCCUGGGGGACCCUGGAGGGGGCCACCCCUGGUUAGGCUGUUGACGCUGAACAGAGCAAGUGGACGGUUCCCCUUCUCUCUCUUCUCCCUAAACUCCUCCCCAGGCUGGCCAGUAGCUGGUUGCCCUCCUGCUGGCCGCCUCCGUAGCUUUGUGAGGAGUGGAGCCAGAAACCCCACCAGCUGUGCAGCUGCCCAUCCGGAAAGCAUGAGCCAAGGAGGCGAAGGCCGCAGCUCCCGUUUUCUUGGGUUCUGUGCCGGGGAUCUGGGCUGCGGACCUCUUGCUGCCCGCUCCCAGAGGGAAGAAGAAAGAAGCUUCCCAGGGGAGGCUAAGGCCCUGGGUUGGCCGCCUCUCUCCACGUCCACCCAGCCCCUCACGACGUGCCCCAUGCAGCCCCGCAAGGGGGCCUCCUUCCCUGACCAAACGCUGCUGCUCCCCGGGACUCGGGAGGAGGCUGCCUGGUGGUGGGUCCCCGGGCUGAUCCCGCCUGUGCCAAGGAUUUGUGCCGUGACUUUGGGCAAAUCAUUCCGAGAGUCACCGGACCUCCGUGUCCUCGUCUGUGAUGGGCAGAUGAGACCAGAGAACUCCGAAGGGCGGGCUUGACACUCCAGCACCUGCCAUGAAGCCUGCUUCUCCGCGAGGUCACCCGGAUGAGCCGCCCCUUGGCAUCGAGGACAUUUGGGGCCCUCUUCCCAGGCAGAAGGAGGCUGCCCAGACGCCUCACUCAUGUUUGCACCUGCCUGGCCCACCCUCACCCAGUAGGUCGAUCCACAUUCACUGCAAGAGCCAGCCGGAGGCGAAGGAGGAACAGCCCCCUGGAGGAGAGAGAACAUGCUACCCUCUUCCCAGUUAGAGUCACUCCAGCCCCUAGUGGCAGCAGACAGACCACCAGCUGAUUGUCACAUCCCGAAGUCCAGGCAGGCUGGCGGCCCCUCCUCAGAGAAGGACCAGUGAGGGGCUUUGUGUGCCCUGGGACAAUGUGAACACUGGCUGAGAUGCAUAGGACCCCUUGCGUAUGACCUUGUGUCUUAAGAUUCCAUUUCACUUUGAGAAAGAAAAAGGGCUCUGGGCUGAGCGGAGUGUCCAGCGAGGAUGGCUGCUGAGCGGGGCACUUGGAGGGACCUUCAGGCCUGGCCCAGCAGGGCCGGGAGGCUGUCUGCCUUUGGGCCUGGGGCGAGGGGUGGAUGCCAUCAGAACUGCCCGGCUGUCCUAGAUACUGAAGGCCCGCCGACUAACCGCGUUUACACGACUUGAGUGUUGAAUCCCGAUUAUAAUGUCUGUACCGUCACCUUUCCUUGUCUAACCCUGAGCCCCGGGGAAGUGGGAAAGUGUGGCCGGCCUCUUGCACUGCUUUGUCUCCAAAAUAAACUACUGAAAUCAAACUGCA